GAAAAAAAACCCACUCAUUUGAUCGUUCUCUCUCAUUUGCAGGUAGCAAGACAAAAUGGCUGAGAAGAAAACAUAUAAUGAAGAUUUACUAAAAAUGUUUGAAGCAGCUAAACAGUCACCACCUGAGAAACUAAUGUUCACUUACAAAGGUGUGUUAUAUGCCAGUUCAACCUGCAACAUUGAAACAUUUCAAGCAUUGGAAGGGUUUGAAGCUAGAACAGAUGACAUCAUGUUAGCUUCUUAUCCAAAAUGUGGAAGUAAUUGGACUAUGCAAUUACUCAGUGACAUGAUAAAAGCUGGUUAUUCUAGAAAUGAACUAGCAAGGCUUCCAGUUCUAGAAUUUGCUGCUCCUGGUAAAUUUGAGAAACUAAAACAAGAAUGCUCACCCAGACUCCUGUCAACACAUCUGCUGUAUGAUGAGAUUCCCAAAAAUGUUUUUGAGAAGAGAGUAAAGAUCGUGGUGGUAAUUCGAAAUCCAAAGGAUACAGCGGUGUCAUUUUUCCAUUUUUAUAACGGUAACCCACUGCUUCCGACCUACACUACUUGGGAUUCCUUUUAUCAAGACUUCGUAAGCGGAAAAGUUAUUUGGGGAUCCUACUUUGAUCAAAUGGUUGCUUGGAACAAACACAUUGAUGAUGACUCUGUAUAUAUAGUAACAUAUGAAGAGAUGAAACAGGACUUGACGGCAGCAGUAAAGAAGAUGGCAGGUUUCCUUGGGAUUUCUCUGAAUGAUGAGCAGGUACAGAAAAUUGCUGAUAAUGGAACAUUCAAGUCUAUGAAAGAGAAAUCCAAAGAAUCAUAUGGAGAUUUUGGACGGGUUCUCUUUAGAAAAGGGGAAGUUGGUGACUGGAAGAAUUAUUUCACAAAAGCUCAAAGCCAAGAAAUUGAUGCAAAAUUUGAAGAGUACUUAGCGGGAACGAAACUGGGAGAAAUGAUGAAUUAUAAUGUAUACUGUAAAUAGUUAAUGUUUGAUGGGAUAUAAACAUCCAAUCAAUGGCCUCUGUUCUAAUCCAAAAAAUGUGUUGCAUGAAAACCUUGUUAAACAGCAUUAUUUUGUCUUUGUUUUCUAAGCUAUUCAAGCCAUUUGAAUUAGCAAAGAAAACAAAACCUGACUCUAGUAUAGCAUAAAACAGGAAAAUCUGGUUAAACAAGCGAAACUAAACAGUAUUUUCACAGCAUUCACAGAAGCAAAAUAUGUGAUCAAUUUUUACAGUUUAUUAAUUCUGUAUUAGUGAUUACAGCUUAAUGUGUUGAAUUGCAGAUUUUUCUCUUAAAUAAAUAUCAAUUCAUAAA